AUGAAUCGACACCAUCCCUACGGUGCAAAUUUCGACCACUCUUCUCCAGGUCGUCGGGGUAACCAUUCUCCUGCCCCUCCAGGUGAUCGAGGCCACCGCUAUCCAGAUCGAGGCGGCCCACCCUUCAGAGCAAGAGGCGGUGGUUUCCAACGAGGUCGCGGAGGCUACGGGCAUUAUGAUCAGGGAAUGAGCAAUCAAGGUGCUUACGAUCAAGGACCAAGCCAAAACGAUUUUGGUGGCUACAAUAAUUAUGAGCCUCCACCACCAAACCACCAACAGUCAUAUUACCAAAACAGUUAUGCAGAUUCAACUCCUGCCCAUUUUCCUCCAUCAACAGGUCAAUCAGGAUACCAAGACUAUUCUAAAUUUGCAGACGGACCAGGAACCUACGAUGAAGAAGAUCGGAAUCGACGACCUAUUAGGAAGGAAAGAGAUGACAAAACCUACUACGAAACUCCAAGCGAGGAUGUGCGCCGAAUAUUUGAAGAACAUGGUGAAAUCAAGACCUUUUUUGAUUUGAUAUCAACAAGAGGGAUGGUUUUUGUUACCUAUUUUGAUCUUCGGGCAGCUGAAAGAGCACGGGAGCGUCUUCAAGGCUCGGAAAUCAGUGGCCGACCAAUCGAUGUCCAUUACUCUUUGCCACGGGACGACCAAAAAGGCAACGAUCGCGAAAAAAAUCAACAAUUCCAAGGAACUCUUCAAGUGACUUUGCGGAAUUCCGUUUCUGGUUUACCCAUCGAUGACAACGAAGUGCGUCGUAAAUUCCAGCAAUUUGGAGACGUUAAGGCCGUGAAACCUGUUGGCGAUCGCAUCGAGUUAGAACAUUUCCGACUCUCACGUUACGUUGAAUUUUACGACACAAGGGCUUGUGGUGAGGCCCAUGAUCGUCUGCGUCAUCAGGGCCUACAAGAUGGUGUAAUGGACAUAGUCUUUGCAUGGGAUGAAACUAUUUCAGCUGGCCACCGUGAGGGUGGCGGUGGUGGCGGCCACUGGGAAGAUCGUGGCGGGAUGCGUGGUGGGAUGAGGGGCGGUCGAGGGGGAAAUCGAGGCGCCCAUCGCGGCGGAAGGGGUAGAGGUGAAGAUUAUGAUGAUCGCCGUGGGGAUUUUGGUCGUCAAGAUCGCGACUACAGGCAACGGAAUGGUCGAUACGACGACGAAAACCCAGGACGUGGCGGAAGGCAAGGUGGGUACAACGACCGUUACGAAAAUAACCGUGGCGGUUAUGGUGGACCGCCGCCUCCUCCUCCUCAGUCUGGUGGUUAUGGUGCCCCACCUAUAAGUGGAUAUGGCGGAGGACCUCCAGGAUAUGGCAUGCCUCCGGCACCUCCGCCGCCACCUCCAUCUGCUCAGGAUGACCGUCUUGAACAAGCAAGAAAAGUUCAACAACUGUUGGCCGCGUUGAAGCAACCUGUAUCUGCUCCACCGGCUGUACCCCCUCCAACGUCCGCUCCCCCAAUGCCUGCAAUCCCAGCAGCACCGCCUACAUCAAACUCAUAUUACUCGCAGCCGCCUGCCCAAUAUCCAGGUCCCGCCAAUCCUUAUGGUGCACCCAACGCACCUCCUGCUAGUGUACCACCUGUUAACCCUAACUUGGCUAACUUGCCUCCGAACAUCCUUGCGCUAUUGCAAUCUGCACAGCAGCAGUCGCAACAACGACCUCCACCUCCAGGACAAGCUUUUAGUGCUCCUCCACCCCAUUUAAUGGGCACACCACCACCUGGGGCCAUGGCUGGUGCGCCACCAUCAUCGACUAAUCCACAAUACCAGCAGUUGAUGGCCUAUCUGCAAACCCAGGCCACUGCUCAGGUACCGAAGCCAUAA